ACGCAGAGUUUUCAUCUGGACAGACUCACAGUUUCUCACAGUUAUAAAGAUGUAGAUCCAACAGCAGAAAAUGAAGAGCCUCAUUCUAAUGUUCCUCCUGGGAAUAGGCAGAGUGAAAGCAGUGACCCACUCUCUGAAGUAUUUCUACACUGGGUCCUGUCAAGUCCCAAACUUCCCAGAGUUUGUGGCUGUUGGGAUGGUUGAUGAAGUUCAGAUGGUUCACUAUGACAGCAACACCAGAACACCAGUACCCAAACAGGACUGGAUGGACGAAGCAGCAAAAGAUGAUCCAAAGUACUGGGAGAGGAACAUUGGGAGCUUUAUGGGUUCCCAGCAGAUCUUCAAAGACAACAUUGAAAGAGCAAAGCAGCACUUCAACCAAACUGGAGGUUUCACAUU